UCUAAAACCUUUUUUUACACGACGGCGGUUAAAAACGCCAUCGUUUGAUCUUCCUUUUCUUCUCGGCAAAUCUCUCAGGAGGAGGAAAAAGAAAGAUGGCGACUUCGCGGUUACAGAUGGAAGGAGAUGACUCUGUACUUCUCCACGUAACUCACUCCAACCUCAAGAGCUUCGCUGCCGAUGUUCGUUUCUCUCCGCAAAUGAAUGUGGAAGCUGUGAAGGAAAAGCUAUGGAAAAAAUGUGGGACAUCUGUAAAUGCUAUGGCUUUAGAGCUUUAUGAUGAAAGUGGCUCCAAGGUUGCAGUCCUUAGUGAUGAUACGAGACCACUCGGUUUCUACUCCCCUUUUGAUGGGUUUCGGUUACACAUAGUUGAUCUUGACCCUUCCUCGGUCACAACUGGAGGCUGGCUUGAAGAUACUUCAUUGGUUGAGAAGUAUACUAUCUCAGAAGAGGACUAUGCUAAACGAACUGACAGUUAUAGGAAAUUCAAAGAAAAAAGAGUGGCUCAGAAUCCUGCUGCUUCCGAGGUUAAGACGAAGGAGGAGGACUUCAUGGAAGAUCUCUGUGGAAAUAUCAAGGUGGGAAAUAGAUGCCAAGUUGAGCCAGGGGAGAAAAGAGGAGUGGUCAAGUACGUUGGACGAGCAGAGUCGUUGGGUCCUGGCUAUUGGGUUGGAAUCCAGUAUGAUGAACCCCUUGGCAAACACGAUGGCAUGGUGAAAGGAACAAGGUUAUUUGAAUGCCCUCAGCUUCAUGGUGGUGUGGUCCGGCCUGACAAAGUAAAGGUUGGUGAUUAUCCAGAAAGGGACCCCUUCGAGGAAGAUGAAAUAUAAGCUUUUCAAACCAGCGAAAGGAGUUUGAAAGAUUUGCUUUUUGUACCUCUUGUUUCGGUUUUCAAAAGAGUUUGUGAAACACAAUGCAACAACACUUUAAAAGUAUUUUAACUUUGAUGAAGAAGAAUAAUAAACUACUAAAAGAUUCUUAUAUC